AAGGCGGCCGAGGAAUGCAGGCACCGGGGGAGGAAAUCGUUGCCAGGGAAAAAGGGGUGUACGGCAGGGGCUGGCAGAGGUCGUCUCCUCCCCCGCCGAGUGCCAAGGACCCUCCCUGGCUGGGAGGGGUAGAGAAAAGGAUCCUACGGAGCUGCGACCUCGGCGACCGGCGGGGACACUCCGUGACUCCCAUCUGACAGCUGUUUCCUCUCCCUGCCCCGUCUUCCCAUCGCUCGGGGACAGGGCUUGCGAGCACUCGGCCGAUCCUCGGGGCGGACGCUUCGGAAACAGGCUGCUCCGCUCCGCUCCCGCUCCGCAGUUUGGCCAAGCUGAGACCAGGAUGGGCAAAGUUGCCUUCCCUUCGCUCCUGGUCUUCAGCCUGCUUCUGCUCGCCUCCGGAGUCUGCGGUAACAAUAUCUGUGCUACACGAGGAGUGAACUCAUGUCAACAGUGUCUGUCUGUAAAUCCACGUUGUGCUUGGUGCUCCCAGGAGGAUAUGCCAAAAAGUUUCUCUCGCUGUGAUUUGAUGGAAAAUCUCCUUCAAAAUGGCUGUGCAAAUGAUUAUAUAGAGUAUCCGGUCAGCAAGACCUACAUCCUGGAGGCCAGACCUCUCAGUGACAAAGGAUCAGGCAGCGACAUCACCCAAAUGACCCCACAGAAGAUUGAGCUCCACCUGCGGCCAGAUGAUUCCCAAACGUUCUCAAUACAAGUGCGCCAGGUGGAGGAUUAUCCUGUGGACAUCUACUAUCUAAUGGAUUUGUCUAAUUCUAUGAAGGAUGACCUCCGUAAUAUCCAGAACUUAGGUACCAAGCUAGCCAUGGAAAUGCGCAGAGUGACCAGCAACCUGAGGAUUGGUUUUGGAGCUUUUGUGGACAAACCCCUGUCCCCUUACAUGUACAUUUCUCCUCCAGAGGCCAUCAAAAACCCAUGCUAUGACUUGCCCCCACCAAAUGACCACUGCCUGCCAAUGUUUGGCUACAAGCAUGUCCUAGCUCUCACAGAUCAGGUCAAGCGUUUCAAUGAGGAGGUGAAGAAGCAAAGCGUGUCUAAGAAUCGAGAUGCACCUGAAGGAGGAUUUGAUGCCAUCAUCCAAGCAAUUGUCUGUGAUGACAAAAUUGGCUGGAGACCUGAUGCCUCCCACUUGUUGGUCUUCACUACAGAUGCCAAGACACAUAUUGCUUUAGAUGGGAGACUAGCUGGAAUUGUAACACCUAAUGAUGGGGAAUGCCACAUGAACAGCAAUAACAUCUAUGAAGCUUCCACCACACUGGAUUACCCAUCCCUUGGCCUGAUGACAAAUAAACUCUCACAGAAAAACAUUAACUUGAUUUUUGCAGUGACUGAGGACGUAGUGGGUCUCUACCAGAACUACAGUGAGCUGCUUCCAGGCACUACUGUAGGGACUUUGUCAAGGGACUCAAGUAAUGUUUUGCAGCUCAUUUUGGAUUCCUAUGGGAAAAUCCGUUCCAAGGUUGAACUAGAAGUCCGUAAUCUCCCAGAGGAAUUGUCCCUCUCAUUUAAUGCCACCUGCCUGGAGAAUGAAGUCAUUCCUGGAGUUAAGUCUUGUGUUGGACUCAAGAUUGGAGAUACAGUAAGCUUCAGCAUUGAAGCAAAGGUCCGUGGUUGCCUCAAGGACCCGAAGACGUUCACCAUCAAGCCUGUGGGCUUUGAAGACAGCCUGACCGUUCAGUUGAACUUUGACUGUGACUGUGCUUGCCAAGAUAAUGCUGAACCUUACAGCAAGAUCUGUAACAAUGGGAAUGGCACUUUUGAAUGCGGGAUGUGCCGCUGCCACCCAGGCCGGCUGGGCUCUCACUGCGAGUGCUCCGAGGAAGAAUAUGGCCCGUCCCAGCAGGAUAACUGCAGCCCCAGUCAGGGGCAACCGCUUUGCAACCAGAGGGGAGAAUGCAUCUGCGGCCAAUGUGUUUGCUAUAGCAGCGACUUUGGCAAGAUAUCGGGCAAAUACUGUGAAUGCGACGACUUCUCCUGCGUCCGCUUCAAAGGGAAGCUGUGUUCAGGACAUGGGAAAUGUGUCUGUGGAGACUGUGUGUGCAACCCUGACUGGACUGGAGCAUAUUGCAACUGUACAACCCGGACUGACACCUGCAUGUCUAGCAAUGGGCUGGUGUGCAGUGGGCAAGGGCGUGGAUACUGCGCCUGUGGGAAAUGCGUCUGUACUCAGCCUGGCUCUUUCGGAGACACCUGUGAGAAGUGCCCGACCUGCCCUGAUGCCUGCACCAUCAAAAAGGAGUGUGUGGAAUGCAAGAAGUUUGAGAGGGGAAUCCUGAUAGAGCAAGACACCUGCAACCGCAACUGCCGAGAUGAGAUUGAGUUGGUACAGGAGCUUGGAGGCAAGGGGAAAGACGCUGUGAACUGUACAUACAAGGAUGAGAAUGACUGCGUGGUAUACUUCCAGUACUACGAGGACUCCAGUGGCAAAUCUAUCCUCUAUGUUAUUGAGGAACCAGAUUGUCCCAAGGGACCUGAUGUCUUGGUAGUUAUCCUUUCAGUAACUGGAGCCAUCUUACUUAUUGGCUUGGCUGCUUUGCUCAUCUGGAAACUGCUUAUUACCAUCCACGACCGACGAGAAUUUGCCAAGUUUGAAGAAGAACGGGCCAGGGCUAGAUGGGACACGGCCAACAAUCCCCUGUACAAAGGAGCUACCUCCACCUUCACCAACAUUACGUACCGGGGGAAUUCGUGAGACUACAGCCUUCUGAGGUCUUCUCCACUCAUGUUUACAGAAGUCUCUGUUGUGUGUGAGAGAGAUUUUUUUCGAAAAAACGAAAAACAAAACAGCCAUUGCUCAAGAGCCUUCACUGUUCUGCUGUCAAAAGAGAAUAUCUGCACUGUGAUUCUUCCAAGAUUCUCUUUUUACCUCAGCUUGUCCACAGCUACAGCUUGGACCCACAUACUGAAGAAGAAAGCAGGACUUACUCUUCAGUAGGAACAGCACUGCAUAAAUCCAGGGUUCAUAGGACAUUCUAGUUGAAUAAAAUUAGGGGUCAUGGUUACUGAGCUUUAUAAUCUAACUCGAUGUUAACUAGUGAAAUUUGGGAGAGAGGGGCUUUGAAAGAAGUUCCCUGAUUCAGGAUACCUGAAUUCAUUGCAAGCUGAACUCAAAGUCCUUCAUCCAGGCUGAGUUUCAAGUGGUUCAGCUAGUUGCUGCUGCUGUUGCUACUGCCCCUUUCCAAACAUACAAGACAGUGUCUGGGUUGGCCAAGGAAGUGGCUUACUAUAGGUCCUUCAUUAUCCUUUGCACACUGCUGUCUAGCAUGGCUGGUGCAAGGAUCCAGGGGAGAUACUUUCUCCAGGAAUCCUUGCUCCUAGUAGAGAUGAUAAAGCGGAGGGGAUCACAGGGAAGGGGGUUCACCCUGAGGCUUAGGAACCUGCCCAGUCUUAUUUUGCUGCCAAUGCAGUUGUGAACCUGAAUUUCCAGAUGAACUCAGAAAUAAGACAUGUUAUACUGGGGGCUUAAAGAAAAAUACAUCUUCAAAUCCAGAGUUUUACAUACUGCCUCAGAGUUCCAAUAUUCAUAGACUGUAUCUUUUGUUAUACUUAUCCUAAGAUUAGGAGAUCAUAAAUUCCUUGCUUUUGAUUUUUAGAAGGAAAGAGUUGCUAGUGGGUAUAUGUGGUUUGCUUUCUCUGGUGAAGAAAGAAAAGGCCCUCAGCAUUAAUUCCUUUUGUACACUGACUUCACAUAUUUCAAGGCCUCUGGCUCAGAUUAAGUCCCUCCUAGAUAAUAUUUCACAUAACAUUAGUGUCUUGGUUGGGUUCACACAUGACAACACACUCUAAUGUAGAAUGGUUGUUUUUGGCUUAGCAUGAUGUAUGAAUCCAUUCACUGUGUCAGUAUUAUAUGUAAACUGGGCCACUGUAACUUAGUCUGUGCUGUAGAAAUAGCACGGGACAGGGAGUUGAACUAGAAGACUUCCAAAGUGCCUUUCAAAUCUUACAGUCUAUGAUUCUAGUCAACAAACCGUAAUUUUAAAAUCCUUUCUGCAAUGUGUGGACCUCAGCUCCCGAAUACAUGGCUGCAUAGCUACUUGAUCUUGGGGUAGGUUUGGGAUACGAGACGUAGCUCAGUCUUAGAACAUAUGCUUUGCAUACUAGAGGUCCCAUGUUUAAUCCCUAGCAUGUCAAUCUGGAAAUCUGUUGUCCAACAAGAGUGAGCCCUUUGAAUAUUGCUGCCUACAAGUACAGUCCAAGGCAGCUACAUAGAUUCAUAUUAUGCACCAUGUAUAGCCAGAAUCUCCUCAUCAGUAAGGGGUAUACGUCAGUUAGUUUGCCACUAGCUUAACAGUGCUUCACCUGCAGGUGGGCUCUUCUCAGCUCCUGCUUUUCACUCAGGGAAUCAACACUCACCUAGGUGAGUGUCCUAGAUGACCUCAAAACUCCCCCUAGAACAGUUGUGGCAAACCUUCUGGGCUUGGCGUGUCAAAAAUUCGGAAAAUGCCUGACUUGACUCUGCUGGCGUGUCACACAUGCACAUGCCCCAAACAAAAGACAAACAAUUCCUUACAUAUUCAUUUAUUUAAAAAAAAAAAGCCCAAUCAUGUGUGGUGCUAUGUAUUAUAUAAAGAAAUGUGAUUACCAAAAUGAAAUACAA